AUGCAAAAACUCCUCCUCCUAGCGGCCUUCGCGCCCGUAAUCCUUGGCUGCGCAAAUCCAGACUCAAACUCCUGCGCCAGCUUCAUCAAAUCCCAAUCCGCAACUGCAUCGGCCUACUGCGCAACCUUUACAAAGACCGUCAUAACCGCCACCACAGGUCUCCCAUCAUGGGCUACAAACUGUGAUAACAAACCUAGUCAGAUCUCCAAAGAAUGUUCAUGCUACUAUACCGGCGGUAGCUCUAAUCCUACGACUACUUUGAAGACUACUACUACUUCCAAGGCUGCCACUACCUCUGCCGGUGGUGGAAGUGCUCCGACUGGGAUUACUAAGUCGUUGCCGGCUAGUCAGGGGUCCGUUGCUACCAAUGCACCCAUCUUGGUGCCGUCGUUCUUCGAUGGUGGGAUGAAGAAGUAUGAUCGAAAUCCAAAGGUCUGCGCUGAGCAGGACGAGACCGGUGAAAGUGAGGCUAUGUUCAUUUUGGAGGCCGGUGCCACACUCCAGAAUGUUAUUAUCGGACCAAACCAAGCUGAGGGUGUCCAUUGCAGAGGUACUUGCACCUUGAAUAACGUCUGGUGGGCUGAUGUUUGCGAAGACGCUAUCACAUUGAAACAAUCCUCCGGAACUUCCUACAUCAACGGUGGCGGUGCCUUCCAUGCCUCCGACAAAAUCGUCCAGUUCAACGGUCGUGGUACAAUUUCCAUCAAAAACUUCUACGCAAACGACUACGGAAAAGUCGUCCGAUCAUGUGGUAACUGCAGUGGUAAUGGUGGUCCACGAAAUGUCAUCAUUGACAACGUUGUUGCCGUCUCCGGUGGAGUCCUCUGUGGUAUUAAUACAAACUACGGAGAUACUUGCAAGAUCUCGAAUUCGUGCCAGAAUUCUGGAAAGUAUUGUGAUAGGUAUACAGGUAAUUCUAGCGGGAAGGAGCCUACUAAGAUUGGAAGUGGGCCAGAUGGAACUUAUUGUACGACUUCGAAUGUUAGCACUAAUUGUUAA